UGACACAUAAAAAGCGCUUCAUCGUAAACAAAAUUUACAUUUGCCAUAAAAUUUUCAAAUAAAAUCCACUUAAAUUUAGUAAAAUAAUUUAUAAAACUCUGACAAAUCCAUAAAUAAACCAUGGCUGCAUUAAUUGAAAUGGUAGAUGAAGACGCUUCGGAUCUUAGUUUCCCCAAAGAAUUCGAAAACGCCGAGACCUUAUUAAUCAGUGAAGUUCACAUGUUGCUGGAGCAUCGGAAGAAACAAAACGAAUCAUCCGAAGAAGAACAAGAAUUUUCCGAAGUUUUUCUCAAAACUUACAACUACACCGGUCUCUUCCGCAAAUUCAAGAACAAGGAAACAAUCGCUUCGGUCCGUAGUUUGCUGAUGCAAAAGAAAUUACACAAGUUUGAGUUAGCAGCCCUUGGAAAUUUGUGUCCCGAGGCACCGGAAGAGGCCAAAGCUUUGAUCCCAUCGCUCGAAGGUCGCUUCGAAGACGAAGAAUUGAGACAAAUUCUCGAUGACAUUGGCACAAAACGCAGUCUUCAAUACUAAAACCACGAAAAUUUUCAAGAAAAAGUUCAAAUAUUUUAAUAAAUUUUAAGCAGAUACAAGAACAACACGAUUUAACUUAAUUUUUUUUU